CCUCGAUUUCUAAACAGACCUCAGUAAAGCAAAGGGAUAUUCAAAACGGGCAAAAUAAUCAAGACCUCCUUGGAUCCAGAAUUGUUUAUCAAUGGCUGAAUUUCCAAUAAACAUUGCUCGUGUAUACUAGUAAUCACAUAGGUGUACUAACAGUAACUGUGGACUUUUGACGCUUUUCAGUUUUUGAAAUGGCAUAUGAACGACGAGGUACAUAUGUUAUAAAUAGGUAUGUGCAACCACCUUCAGUAUCGGCACCUGUGUCAGGAAUCCAACAACAAAAUAAGAUGCGAUUAAAGGUGAAUCGGAUUGCUUUAAUUCAAGAGAUUAAAGUUGAACACAUUUUGCCUACUUUGUUGGCUGCUGGGGUCGUGAAUAAGGAGGAUGAGGAGAAAAUACAAACUGGGGCCAGUCCAGGAGACAGAGCCCGAAUUCUCAUAGACAUACUACCAACAAAACCUGCCAGUACAGAUUGGUUUAGGUAUUUUCAAGCAUCAUUGAAGAAUCCAGAUGCUGAAGUUGAGGUCAAACAAAGAUACCGUAUGCUUUUAGACUUUUUGGAUAACACUGUCAUUCAUCGGCCAUCAUCUCAAAAUACACAUUUUCGAAGCCCGAGUCAAUCAGAAGAUAUUAAAUAUCCAAAAUAUGAGCCACUUCCAGCUAUUACUGAAAAGAAUCAAGCAGCAACAGUGCCAGAAAACACUGGUUCUGAUAAAGACACAAAUAAUGAUAGUGACCCAGAAAGAGAGUCUAGUGAUGAUCAGCCAGAACUGGACUUAGAAUCUUCAGGCACAAGUUCCAAUAGCCAAACGUCCAUGAAUAUGACAUUAAUUAAAGGAUUCAUCCAUCAGUGGGUCCCAACACCUGACAACUUCAAGUCACUCAUAGUCCUUCCAGAGAGUCACAGGGAGUUGUUGAAGCAGUCAAAAUAUCCUGAAGAUGAUGAACAGCUGCAGGAUGAAAAAAGAGUUUUACAGAAAAUGAAGAAACUAGAAUUUGUUGCUGCUUUGGUGAGGCAGAAGCAGCUUCCAAAUGGAUUUGAGUUGUGCAUGUGUGAAAUGUUACAUGACAUUCUCAGUAAACCAAAUACUUAUCAUCUGUAUUUCAAAUAUUUCACAAUUCUCAGGAAGGCUGAAGUUGAUUUAGUGAAGGAGAUAACUGAUUCCUUCCAGUCACUUGUGGAUACUGUUAAAAUAGCCAAGAAUUUGGAUAUGCUGGAUCAGAUUGUGAACACAGGCUUUCAGCUUAUUGAUUUUUUAACAGAAUAUGAACAUUUCUCUGAAGCUGAAUACAUUGCCCAUAUAUUACUGGAUUUCCUCAACUCAAAUCCCAAUAUUGAAACCUGGGUGGCCAAGUACAGAUGCUGCGUCAAGUUAAUGCACCUGAGGAACAGGAACUAUAACUUGACUGGUGCAGCAGACGCCUAUUUUUGUGCCAUCCAGAUGACCUGGACUAUUUCUCAGAUGUCUUUUGGACAGAACAUAGUGAAGGAGAGUGAGUUGUAUGGGGAAUUGAGUCACAUGCUGCUAGAACAGGGAGCAAUCACAUCAGCUUUUGGCUGGGCCAACAGAGCUCUUCUUGAGGUCCAGGACACCAACUGGGUACAGAUAAUACACACACUGUGUACAGCGACAAUGGCAUACACCAGCAGAUGGCAGGUCAAACGAGCUGAGAUGCUGGCUGUUCAUUGUGUCCAGCUUGCAAGACUGCAUUUUGGAAAGCAUCAUCCACUGUAUUUGAAAGCCCUGAUUCACUUCUGUCACUUCUCAAAUGAGUUUCUACAGGAUCAAGCUGGUGUUAAAAUAGCUUUUAAAGCUCUCGAGCUCUCACAGAAGAUAUACGGCCAUGAAACCCUGCAGCAGGCUCUGGCUCACCGAGCAGUCAGCAAGGCAUUGAUGGUGGUGCAGCAGUUCGACUCCAGCGAGCACUACCAACACGCCAUGGAAGCCAUUCGCAUUGCCAGGUCUCUGCUGCCACAAAGUCAUCCCAUGUUAGGCAUCUUCCUGCACACAUUCUCGUUGUCCUUACAGUGGAAGGCGGUUCACGACCUGACCGAGGUCCAGGACACGACCCUGAGUUGGUCGGAAGCCGAGGCGAAGCUGGCACUGAGUAUUGUCACAGAGCACUACGGGCCGGUCAGUCUGCGGGCUGCUCAGCUGUAUGCACUGCUCGGACAGAUAUACGCGAAGAUGGAAAAACUGGGAGCAGCUGAAGAAAACAUGUUGAAAAGUAUUGAAUACAUGAAGCUGUGUCAGCCAGCCAAUAGCAACUAUGUGUUGUUGUCCAUGGCAACACUUGGCACCUUCUACACAAGUCAGAAAAAACCCAAGCAGGCCAUUUCCCUUUUGACACAUGUUGUUAACACAGUUGAAUCAACCGGUUUUUAUCUGAAGUGGGUGCAUAUAUGCUAUGACAAUCUCAUCUCACUUCUACAAACUGUGAAUGAUAAUGAUGAGAUGGACAAGAUAUCCGUUCAGCUGUCAAAGUGGUUGUCGGAGAACCCAAAACAUGACACCGAGGUAACACUCGACACACUGGAUGAUCAACCAAUCAACUACAACAAGUUUAUUAGCAUCCUCGACAGGUGGGUCACCGGAGUCCGGAAAGCUUUGCAGCAUGCUGAUGAACAGAAAGAAGACCAGUAACUCUAGUUAUGCUAGGUUGAGACUGUCAACUGUCACGAUAAAGUUGGCCAACUCGACGGUUGCAUUGUAAUUUCCCCCCAACUCCUGACGUACGACUGGUACACUCAGAUUAAUAACUAAUGAGUUAUACAACAAGUUAUAAGAGCACCGAAACUAGUAACUGGACAGUCAUAGAAGUAGCAAGAACAGAAAGUUGGCAAACUUUGUGCUGGCAGUUGGUAGUCUGGGUCUAGCACUAUAGUAUCAGAUAUCUGGUGACAAUGAACAAAAACAAGACCAGUAACUCCGACACAUGGGGUAUAUUCAGAAAGGCAAACACUUGCAUAUUGAAUAAAUGAGCAUUCUCCCUUCUGAACAUUACUAGUGGUGAUGAAUAGAAACAAGACCAGUAACUCUAGUUCUGAUGUGAGACACCUGGUGAUCGAGCUCCAUGGUAAUGGAUAGAAGCGAGUUUAGUACUUCUAGAUUUACUACCAUGGCUCACUCUUAUAAAACAAUAGAAACAAGACCUCAACAGAG